UUAAGUUCGUUAUCUUACAAUACGUUUGUACUGUUUGAAUUCUGAAAUAUAAGGAUUUUUAGACGAAAAUGCACGUUUAUACUGGACUGCUAUUAGGUUUAAGCUUCAUAUUCUUAGCAAUAUAUUUCUCCAUUGAUGUUCCUUUCUCGGCUGUUUUCAAAUAUAGUCGUUCAUAUUCAGACAGGAUGAAAAUUGCGGAAUCGAAAAACAGAGCAAGAUUAAAGAAGUCUUUACAUUAUAUCUACACACGUGAUGAGCCAAUGCAAAAGAUGCCGCGACUCUCCGAGGCAGACGACAUUGACCUCCUGAUAGUAAUUGUAACGGUGUCACGAGAAAAAUAUUCACGGGAAGAGAAAAAUGGAUAUCUGUUUCAAACGGCGACUUCCAUGGACAAGCUUAUGAAAAGUGACGAAUAUUUCAAAAAGAAAGCAAUGGUUAUAUGCAAUGUAAAUGACGAUCCGGAAAAACAUGGAGAUGCUGUUGAACUUCAGAGUUACCUCCCUUUUAUAAACAAGGGCGGUGGAAACAAUCUUGGGUUUAACGUAACUGUUAUUCCGGAGCUACAGAACUGUGGACUUACAGAUGACGCGAGGAGAAAAGAACUUAUUGAUUACGCAUUUUGUUUGAAUGUCUCUCAUUCUAUUCGACAUCAGUAUGCUUUAUUCCUCGAGGACGAUGUGAUUCCUUAUGAAAAUUUAUUUAAAGUUCUACACCAUACGCUGAAAUACCGACACAAGCGAAAUAAACAAUUUUCUUUCCUAAAACUUUAUUAUCCAAUAAGGUGGCAAGGAUAUGCCUUUGAAAUAGAUCGGAUUCUGGAACUGAUAAGCUUUGGUACACUUGGUGGUGCUUUAUUUUCGAUUUUAGCUUGGUAUUUCGAGUAUGAUUUACCUAGAAAGAGGAAAGUUAAGAGUAAUAUUGGACCAUUUUUCAUAAUGGGAUUUCUGAGUUUUCUUAUCGUCGCCAAAAUUAUAGGUCGUAUGCAAGUAUUGGAGCUUCGCAGAAUUACCCCGCAUCUUUCUAAGCUAGGACCAAGUCCAGAAUCGUGUACACAGGCUAUGCUUUAUAAAAGAGAAACCUUGCAAGAUCUUAUCCGACAUUUGCUGGUCAACAACAGUCUUAAUAAAGAUCUGGCUAUCUCGGACUUUGCUAAGAAACAAGGAAGCUCAGGAUACUCGUUGGAACCAAAUUUGUUUGCACAUACAGGCAUGCGGACAUCAUUUUCGUCAGAAAGUAAAGACCCCGAAGAAUUUUUGUUCAACAUGCCAUUUUUAGAAUAAAUAGUGUUUAAGCUGUAAAUCAGUUAGCAGACUGGCUUAACAGUAUGAUUAUCAUAUGUUUAGGCAUACUUCAUCAUUGGACGAAGUCCUUAAACUUGACUGCGUCUUUCAAGUUAAUUUACAUUAGAACCGAGAUACGAAUUUUUUUACAUUUGAUUCAAAAGGUAAUAUCCUGUAAAAGUUCGAGUCAUUUAUAUGUCUCCUAUAUAAAUAAUAUGCUGCAACUAUGAAUACACUUUUAACAUUACUUCUUUUGUUGAGAGAUAAUCUUGUGAAUCAUUUCUAAUUUAAUUUCUUAACAGAAUAGCAAAUAAAGGGAAAAUUACGGUGGCACAGAAGUGACGAGUGUGUGUUUUUAUUAAUAUCAUGCGCACGAGAUACUUUGUCGUGCGUACGAUAUACGAUGUCUUUCGCACGAGUAAGUAAUUAGCGCACGAAAUACUAUGCCGUGCGUACUAGUUACUAAGUCGUGCGCACGAGAUAAUUAAGUCGUCCGCGUGAGUAACUAUGUGGUUGGCACGAGUUACUUUGUCGCGCGCACGAGUUACUAAGUCAUUCGCACGAGAUAAUUAAGUAGUGCGCACGAGUUACUUUGUUGCGCGAACGAGAUAAUUAAGUCGUGCUCACAACAUAAUUAACCAAUCAGAUUACACAUUACAUAUAUGAAUUUUUUCAACUAAGAUAAUUCCUGGUUAAUGUUUCACACGCAACAUUAAUCUUUGAAACAACUGAAGGUAUUCACUUGAAUAUUGAUACAUGUCUUUAGGGUCAUAUCAGGAGGUCAUUUUCUAAGGCCCGUAAAUCAGACAUUAAUUUUGACUAAAUUAUGGCCCUUUUUAUGCCACCACUUAAAAAGUGGGGAGUGUUGGUCAGUACGUGCGAACUGAUGACCUGUUAUCAUUUUCCAUACAAUAACUUUGGAAGGAAUAAGCCCUUGUUUAUUUAAUUUGGUAGGGACAUAUUGUCCAGUAGAUGACCCCUAUUGAUGUUUCAGGUCAUAAGGUCAAAGGUCAAGGUAUUGAAGGUACUCACUUGAAUUAUAAUACAAGUAUUUAUUAUACGACAGAGCAACUCGUGCUCACGAUAUAGUAACUGAGAUAAUUAAGUCAUGCGCACGGCUAAGUAACGCGUGCGCACGACAUAGAAUAUCGUUCGCUCGACAAAGUAACUAGUGUUCACGACAUAGUUACUCGUGCGCACAACUUAAUCAUCUCGGGCGCACGACUUAAUCAUCUCGCGCGCACGACAUAAUAUAUCGUGCGCACGACAUAGUAACUCGUGCUCACUUCAUGGAAAUUUAAAAUGUUAUCAGUGAUAAAACAAGAAAAGGACCCGUUCAAAUACAGACAGUACAUUACAACCUUCAAGUAGAUAGCAUAUAAUUUACAUGUACUUCAAUUUUAUUAUGCAUACCUUAGAAAUAAAGAUAAUAUUGUUAAAGAUGUAAUGUGUUCUAUAAAGUAUAUAUGUAUGUAUCAAGUGGAAAUGUACCCUAAAUACCAAAGUACGUUGUUACAACAGGGAUAAUGCACAGCGAUUUAUCAUAAGGUACUUUUCAUUAAUCUAUUAUAUCAUUUUUGCACUUUAUCUAAUUAGAGUGAUCCAAUCAAUGAUCAAUGAUAGGAAAAAAGAUAUGAGCCGCGUCACGACAAAACCAACAUAAUGCGUUUGCGACCAGCAUGGAUCCAGACCAGCCUGCGCAUCCGCGCAGUCUGAUCAGGAUCCAUGCUGUUCGCUUACCAACUCUUUUACAAGUAGAUAAACUGAUAGCGAACAGCAUGGAUCCUGAUCAGACUGCGCUGAUGCGCAGGCUGGUCUGGAUUCAUGCUGGUCGCAAACGCACUAUGUUGGUUUUGUCAUGACGCGACUCAUAUAUAUUUUAUCACAACGAGACUGUGUGGCAACCAGGAGUCAGAUUAAGGAAGUUUUAAAACACAAUGAGAAUUACAACAAGGAAAAUAAUUGGAUGAUAAAAUAAUUAUCUUUGUAUAGACAGGUAUACACCGGUCAUCCUAUACACUGCUUUUAGUUAAGAUUGAAACAAUUAAAGGCAAGCGGAAGUUUUUUCAUCCGACGAACGUUUGUAAGCUGAGAGUUCAUUGUUUGUUUGUUCACUGUACAUGUGCAUUUUCAAUUUGCACAUUUAGUGUCAGAUGCGUAAUAAUUGUUUUUGAAAACGUAAAUGCAUGGUGAUAUUUUUAUGAUGAAUUACGAAAUACUUAUAUUGAGAUUUUGCUGUAUUUAAGCUUUUAACGUUUCGACAAAGAAAUACUGUUUAAAAAAAAACACACAAAACAUAUGCGUGUACUAAUAGUCCUUUUUUUAAUCAGAACCUACCUACGUAAUAGUCUGGCUCCCUGCCUACAUUUACUACUGAACGUACGUAGAUUUAGGGGAAUAUUUCCAGACUACCUACGUAAUAGCAUGCGAAAAUGAUACUUAGAGUUAUUGAAAGUGGGUAUUGUUUUAUAAUCUUAAAAAAAUUAAUAAGAUUUCCAAUUGUAAGUUUCAUAUUAAGAAUUGACCAGCGGAAAUUCUACUUUUGUUCAGACCUUCUAGUUGUAUUUUACAGGCUGUCAGUGUGAAAUCAAACAGCCUAUCGUGGAAAAAGAAAACGCGUAGGCGCUUGACUUCUCUUUUAUGGAUUUGCCUUGUCUGUUACCGAUUUGCCGUAAACAAGGCUUUUAUUUAAAUAAAAUUUUAAAAUAUUUGAGCCGCGUCACGACAAAACUAACAUAGUGCGUUUGCGACCGGCAUGGAUCCAGACCAGCCUGUGCAUCCGCGCAGUCUGAUCAGGAUCCAUGCUGUUCGCUAUCAGUUUCUCUACUUGUAAUAGAGUUGGUAAGCGAACAG